CAUGGAGGAGAACAUGGAGGAGAACUUGGAGGAGAACAUGGAGGAGAACAUGGAGGUGAGCAUGGAGGAGGACAUGUUGGUGAACAUGGAGGAGAACAUGGAGGAGAACCUGGAGGAGAACAUGGAGGAGAACAUGCAGGUGAGCAUGGAGGAGGACAUGUUGGUGAACAUGGAGGAGAACAUGGAGGAGAACCUGGAGGAGAACAUGGAGGAGAACUUGGAGGAGAACAUGGAGGAGAACAUGGAGGAGAACAUGGAGGAGAACUUGGAGGAGAACAUGGAGGAGAACAUGGAGGAGAACAUGGAGGAGAACAUGGAGGUGAGCAUGGAGGAGGACAUGUUGGUGAACAUGGAGGAGAACAUGGAGGAGAACAUGGAGGUGAGCAUGGAGGUGAGCAUGGAGGUGAGCAUGGAGGAGAACAUGGAGGAGAACAUGGAGGAGGACAUGGAGGAGAACAUGGAGGAGAACCUGGAGGAGAACAUGGAGGAGAACCUGGAGGAGAACAUGGAGGAGAACCUGGAGGAGAACAUGCAGGUGAACAGUGUCUGACUGAGUGAGUUCUACGUGUUUCUUUCAGGAGGGAGGAAAUGCAGCGACAGCAGAGAAGAACAGGAAUGUUGUUGUGUUUGCCGGCCAGGUCCUUCUCUGGACCAUGAUUCAUUGCAAAUGAAAUGUCACCCUGGCAGGCAGUAAUGCAGGCCGGCCCACUCCCCCGCAGCCUAAUUGAAUUUUACAGCCAUAUAAACAACAGUCAGCCAGCAGAGGGGGAGGAGAGGGACAGAGUUAUUGAUGCCGGUGUUUAUAGGCCCAGCAUUCUGAUGUGCCAUCAGAGAGAAAGGAAAGGCCUCCUGGGAACCGUCGUACAAAGCACACAGAUGGUGUGGGAUGCUGAAGCAGGCGCACCACCAACACAAGUCCUCCAGGAAACAGAUACAACCACCAACUGAACCAUCUGAGAGACUCUUCUUCUAGGGUUAGGUGUUAGGGUUAGGGUCUGAAACAGAGGAAACUGCAUCUUCAGGACCACAUUUCAAGGACUCUUGUUUUCCAUGACCUCCUUUUAGGUCCAGAUAAUACCGUAGCUGUUUGUUUACGCUGAAGGCUAGCUAACUCUUCCAGGUCACACAUACUGGUAUGAAACACGAAAUAUGUGCAGCUUCUGGUAGA